GGAGUUAAACCGAACGUAACUCAGCGGGACCGGGCAUGGAGAAACUGCUGCGUCCAGGGGUCGGAGUUGGGGUGGUGAUCACGAGCCUCAGGCACCCUGGUUGCGUCCUAGUAGGCAAGCGGAGAAGUGUCGUCGGGAGGGGCUUCUUCCAGCUUCCCGGAGGACACUUAGAGUUUGGUGAAAGUUUGGUAGAAUGUGCAAAGAGAGAAACUUUAGAAGAAACUGCUUUGCAUCUAACAAAUGUGCAGUUUGCUUCAGUUGUAAAUGCUGCCAGUUUAAAGGACAAUUACCAUUAUGUCACCAUCCUAAUGAAAGGAGACAUUGAUAUGAAUCAUGAAUCCGAACCAAAGAAUCUGGAACCUGAUAAAAAUGAAAGUUGGGAAUGGAUAAAAUGGGAUGAGUUUCCACCAGCCAAUAAACUCUUCUGGCCCCUACGCUGCUUAAGAGAACAAAAAUAUAAUCCUUUCAAAGAAGAAUUAAAUCACCUGAAUGGGUACACUGGAAAUCUAUAAAAGUUAUAUUUUCUGCAUUUAAAAAAAUUAUCAAUAGGCCCCGAUGAAGAGACUUUUGUUAUCAGUGUUAUCAGACUUUUGUUAUCAGUUGUACAUUUGCUCUAAAUACUUGAACCAACCUCUGUCAAUAGUGCAUGACUGGCAGUAAUCAUAUUCCCUCCAAAUGCUGUAUUUUGGCACACAGCUUCACAUAUUUUUCUUUACAAUGUAUUUUAAUACAGUGAUGUAUCCUAGUAUAGGGCUUAAUGCAUGUUUGUGAUACUUAUGGUUUUGUUAUUGGUCAAAGCAGCUUCAGUAAUGUAUUCUAUAUUUUAUGUUACUUUGCUCUGUAAGAAAAGAUGAUUGUAUAGUAAAAGGAUUAUAGUUGACUCCAUAA